AGCGGAGAACGAAGACAGAGGAGAUUGAAAGAGAGAAGGGGAAGGAAGGAAAGGAGGAGAGAGAGACUGGAUGGAAGGGAGGCGCGAGACGCAAUAAAAGCGAACGAGGGAGAAAGAGAAAAGGCACCCUGCCCAGAGAAGGAGAAGAGCAGCCCCUUGCUCUGACACGCACACUGCCGUGGCGAAAUCUGCACACACACGCUCUCGCUCGCACCCUCGGUAGAAGAGGAAGCGGCCUGGAUCUUGUCAGUGGAGAGAGCUUGUGUAUCUAUCCCCGAGUGUGUGUGUGUGUCUGCAGCGAGAGCAGAAUGGAGGAGGUUACAGAGUCGCCAGUAUGCAACUCCACUGGCGCCCCCCUGCUCAACAACCAUUGUCCCGAUGACAGCAUCUCAGCGGCCAGCGCGUCCGACGUGCAGGACCGCCUGUCGUCCCUGGAGCUGCGCGUGCAGCAGCAGGAGGAUGAGAUCACCGUGAUGAAGGCGGCGCUGGCCGACGUGCUGCGGCGCCUGGCGCUCUCCGAGGACACGGCCGCCUCCGCCAAGAAGCAGCAAAGCGGCAAAGGCCAAGCCUCCCUGCGCGAGGCCUACUCCAUGUCCUGCAUCGCCAACGGUGGCUCCAGCAACCGCAAGCCCGGCCACAGAGACACCUCCACUGUGUCAGUCACCAGGAAGGAGACCUUCUCCUCAGCAGCCAAGAGCGGACCACCUGAGCGGAAAAAGGACUCCAAGCCUCAGAUGGAGGGCAUCAAGGAGAAGGAGGAGCCUAACGAUAAGGGCCCCGCCCCCGCCAGCCCCCAGACGGCACCUUCCCCGGCCACCAGUCACCCCCCCUCCCCCCACCCCCCCCAGUCCCAGAGGCACACCCCGGAGAGCAAAGGCCCCUCCCCAGUCAAAAGGGGCCACAGUGCGAAGCGAGGGACGGGGAUGGAGAGAUCUCAGAGCAGCACGUGGGACAGUGGGGAGGAGAGCAGGAACAAGCUGGUGAAGGCUGCCUCCACCUCCAAGCUGCUGGCCAAGGUGGUGAAGAACGCCGAGAAACACAAGGACACAGUGAUUAGCCAAGAGGGAGACUACAUCAAGAUGUUCAUGCGCGGUCGUCCCAUCACCAUGUUCAUUCCCUCAGACGUAGAGAACUACGAUGAUGUGCGCAUAGAGCUGCCCCCCGAGAGACUCAAGCUGGAAUGGGUGUAUGGCUAUCGAGGCAGAGACUGUCGAGCCAAUGUGUACUUGCUGCCUACAGGGGAGAUAGUGUACUUCAUCGCCUCCGUGGUGGUGCUCUUCAACUACGAGGAGAGGACACAACGCCACUACUUGGGACACACAGACUGCGUCAAAUGCCUUGCUGUGCACCCUGAUAAGAUCCGCAUUGCCACAGGACAGAUUGCAGGAGUGGAUAAAGAUGGACGGGCACUGCAGCCCCAUGUGAGGGUAUGGGACUCUGUCAGUCUGUCCACCCUGCAGAUCAUUGGCCAGGGCACCUUCGAGAGAGGGGUGGGCUCCCUGGCCUUCUCCAAAGCAGUAAGACUCGGGACAGCACUGAGUGUCAUAGAUGAUUGUAACGACCACAUGCUCACCGUGUGGGACUGGCAGAAGAAAUCCAAGAUUGCAGAGAUCAAGUCGACCAACGAGGUGGUGCUCUGUGAGUUUCACCCAACAGAUGCCAACACCAUAGUGACCUGUGGCAAGUCCCACAAUCUUCUUCUGACGUGGAGCGGCACCUCGCUGGCGCGCAAGCAGGGGCGCGGUCUCAUUCUCCUCUCUCGUCUCCAUCUCUUCAAGAAAUAUGAGAAGCCCAAGUUUGUGCAGUGCCUGGCCUUCCUCAACAACGGAGACAUCCUGACCGGAGACUCUGGAGGCAUCAUGCUGAUCUGGAGCAGGAGCACCGUGGAGCCGGCACCAGGGAAGGGACCCAAAGGUGCGUUCCAGAUCAGUCGUCAGAUCAAGGCCCACGACGGCAGCGUGUUCACGCUGUGUCAGAUGAGGAAUGGCACCCUGCUGACUGGCGGGGGCAAGGACCACAAGAUCAUCCUCUGGGACCACGACCUCAACCCCGAGAGGGACAUCGAGGUCCCAGAUCAAUAUGGAACCAUCCGUGCUGUGGCCGAGGGCAAGGGGGAGCAGUUUCUGGUGGGCACCUCCCGCAACUUCAUCCUGAGGGGGACGUUCAACGAUGGGUUCCAGGUGGAGGUGCAGGGUCACACAGAUGAGCUUUGGGGUCUGGCCUCGCACCCCUACAGGGACCUGUUCCUCACCUGUGCCCAGGACAGACAGGUGUGCCUCUGGAACUCUGUAGACCACUCCCUGGAAUGGAGCCGGCUCCCUGAGGAGCAUGGUCACUGUGCAGACUUCAAUCCCAGUGGGGCUGUGGUUGCCAUCGGCACCCACUCAGGAAAAUGGUAUGCUCUGGACGCAGAGACGAGGGACCUGGUCGGCAUCCACACAGACGGCAACGAGCAGCUGUCCGUCAUGCGCUUCUCCCUAGGUGGGUGGAGUUGUUGUCCUCAGACGGCAACCCUGUUGGCAGUGGGAUCACAUGACAACUUCAUUUACCUCUAUACCGUGGCGGAGAAGGGACGCAAGUACAGCCGAUACGGAAAGUGCUCUGGACAUUCCAGCUACAUCACACACCUUGACUUCUCCCCCGACAACAAGUUCAUCAUGUCCAACUCGGGAGACUAUGAAAUCCUCUACUGGGACAUUCCAAACGGGUGCAAGCUGAUCCGAAACCGCUCCGAGUGUAAGGACAUCGAGUGGGCCACCUACACCUGCGUCCUGGGCUUCCACGUCUUUGGGGUGUGGCCUGAGGGUUCAGACGGCACAGACAUCAACGCCCUGAUCAGAUCCCACAACAGGAAGGUGAUCGCCCUGGCUGACGACUUCUGCAAAGUGCACCUGUUUGCCUACCCCUGCUCCAGACCCAAGGCCCCCAGCCACAAGUACAGCGCCCACAGCAGUCACGUGACCAACGUGACCUUCAUGCACAACGACAGCCACCUGGUGUCGACCGGAGGGAAGGACACCAGCAUCAUGCAGUGGCGCCUGGUGGAGAAGACGCCCUCGUUGGUCCCCAGUGACUCCUCCCUCUCUCUGGGAGAGGGGCUCCAUAACUCCACCCCCCGCGGCGUCCCACUGGUGCCCCAGACGCCCACAGAGCUGUCCCUACCCCCCUUCACUCUGACUCCCAAUGCCCCUCCUCCGUGCAGCGUGGCCACGCCUCCCCCGACGCCCACCGAGCUCCCCGUGCCCACGGCCAACGGACAGCAGGAGAACUCCCUGGAAACCCCGUCCCCCUCCGACUUGACCCCGCCCCGCUCCGAGUCCACCCCUCCCCCCUCCGAUAGCACGCUGAGCGCGAAGGACAGCCUGGACCCCAGCGACGACACGGCCACGCCUAGCGACGAGGGCCGCCCUUUCACCCCUCCCUCCUAAGAGAGGCGUCUCAGAGCGCUCUCUUGCUCAGCACUCUCCCUGGUGGUCCCUGGUUGUAACUGCGUCUCUCAGGUGGAGCGCAGCUGGCCUCAGCAUGUGUUCAGGUUUCUGUUGUUCUUUUUUAGCUCCUUUUCGUGCUCUCUUCUCUUUUGUGUUUAUUGGACAAGCAUGGAGGGUGUCAGGGAGAGGAAGCUGUACGUUUGGCUCUUGUAUUGAUCAAUGUUUUAGAUACUUUUUUUUUGUGUGGUAGUUUGUGAGGAGAGAAUGUUGUGGUUAUUUUGGGUCAUGCGGUUGAUUAGAGAGUAUGGAAUCUCUUGGAGAGUUAGACGUUCACAGUUAGACGACACAUCUGAUACAGAGACACAAACACUAGCACUCAAUCGGACACUAAUCCAUAACACACACACUCAUGGUCACAUUUGUUUCUAUGGCGGGACCUUCAGUAGAUUAUACCCUGGGGUGGGUUUAUCACAGAUAGACUGGUCCUACAAGCAGACAGGAAGAUGAUCCCGUCUUUGUCUGUCUCUAGCAAUUGUGCUUUAGGAGCUGAGCUAGGGGACAGCCAGGCAACCCCUGGCAACCACUCUCCUCAGUACCACUCUCUCCUAUCCUACCAUCAGGCUGCUGUCUCUAGGCUCUGGUGUUGCCAUGGAAACAGAUACUUUAGCUACAGUCUUUCUGACCAAGUUGUACACGCACCUGCAAUAAAUCAGCAUUUCAUAGACAAAGGUAGGACCACACACACGUUUUCCUAUCAGCCUGCAGUUUCAAUCAGGUAUGUGUGUGUAUGUUAUGUGUGUGUGUGUGGGUGCAUGCAUGCGUGUGUGCGCAAGUAAGAAACCCCUGCAGACUGCUUCUCCUAGGCAAUAAGCAGUUCUCUCUGGUAGAGGUUGCAUGUUGCUCAUCACUCUAGCCUUUCUGCAGUUACAGCAAAAAAACAAACAAAAACUAAAAAACUGUCCUGAAAGACUUCCUGUGUCUGAGGGCCCAUAAUGCUGCACGGCGAAAUUCUCUCGACACCUGCAUUACACGCAUCAAUAAGACCUGCAUUUUUGGUUUCCCCUGCCACCUUCAUAUUGGACUGCUUUCUCUUAAAAUAAGCUUUUUCUUGGGACUGUGUCAUCACUCCAUUCGACGGACUGCAACGUUAAAAGAAGAGAAGUCUUAAUGGUGUGUGAGCCGCCGUUUACACGUUUGUGUCAUUCCGGAGGAGGGCGUGGCCAGCUACCCCCAACUCCCUCCCCAACCCCCACCCACCCAACCCCCACCCACCCCUUUCCUCCCCCCCCCCCCCGCUGAAACUCAGGACUGACUAAUGCUCACAGAGUACACAGCCAGCAGGGCACACGGAAGAGAGAGAUAGACAGAGAGAGAGAGAGAGAGAGAGAGAGAGGGGGGGGGGGGGGGAGUGGGCUUCUCUGCUGCAGCCGUCUCUCCUUCUCUGGCUGCCUGGCUGGAAGGGGCUCCUCUGUUCUUCAUGUGGAUGAGGAAGGAGUGUUCUACUUAUCAUAACAGUACACCCUUUCUACAUCCAAUAGAAUCUUUUUUAUCGUAAAAAAAAUUAUAUCUGUAAAUGCAAAACAAUGGCUUUGUUACUUGCCCAGGAUAUCAUGAUGGGAUGAUUUGUCAAGUCAAGAAUGUCUUCAGCGAGGUCAUGUUUUACCAUGGGUUGGGUUUGGUCAGAGAGGAAAGGAUCUUGUAAAAAAGGCAUGGUCAUUGAAGUUAGAAGGAGCAUGUUUGGUCUCACACAGAUCUCACACAGAGCGAGGGGGCUGGAAUAAGGGACUGUAGGUACAGGGAAAUUCAUGAUUGGGUUAUGUGAUGGGUUAGGUGACAGUGACCGGGUAUUGACGUUGAAGUAAAGAUGUAGUGUAACUUAGACACAGCAAGAGGGGCCCAAAGUUGUUGACAUGCUUUACCACUGUUUGCCUCUGUCAGACUUUCAACUGGUCCACAAAAAUCUUCUUUACCUUUAUAUGCUUUGUCAUGUUCAGACUUUUUUUUUCUUCUUCAAAUUAACUGCUUGUGUUUUCUCCUUUUUCGAAUGCUUUAGGUUGCAGAACACAUUUUAAUAGGUUAUGUCCUGUAGUUUCUUCCUGUGAUUCUGUUGUGUAGCUUUAGUGUCAGUGGGACUUGCUUUCCCAGAAUGCCCUGUGUGUGAGUGCAUGAAAGUCAAAGUUGAAAGACGUGAAACAAUUUUUAACUCCUUAUAGUAACUCCAAAGGCCUCAUUACGUUAUUUCUAAAGUGGCAGAGAUCGUUUUCUUUCAGAGCUCUCCUCCUGCCUCUCUAGUUUUCUCAAGAUAGAAGUUGGUGUCCUGGGGCUCAUUUACCACACCCAUCCCUUUUGUACAUUCAGGUGUGGCUACUUUAUGUAUAUAAUGGUAUGCCUGUGUUUAUAUUUCAUGUCCAUGCCGUCCUCUGCCUUGCAGCUUCCACAAUUGAAUCAUUCUCUGUUUUCACCACUAGGGGGGGGGGAUCUACUCCUCAAGCUCAACCACAGGCAGAGUCGCUCUCGAAGGGAGUCUUCAUGUACUUUGACCAGGUGGUGUCAUGAAUAAUUAUCUUCAAUGUGGUCUUUCCAGGGCAGGUUGUCAUAGUGUGGGACUGUGAACUGGCUCUCAGAGUGCCUCCACCCACUGUUUUUGUAAAUGGGGAAUUUGUAUAACUACAGUGUGUCCACAGCCAUUCAGCCUGUGAGUGGGUAUUGGUGGUGGUCUACAUAUGAGAGGCCUACAGCAAAUAACGUCCUUUUGAAUGUUUCUCUGAUGCAUUGCCUUGCCAUAUGAAAUAUCCACAAAAGAGGGAUCGGUCAAAGGGGGUGGGAGGGGUGGUCUUGUCUGGGUCAGUUAAGGUUAUAUUUGAUAGGAAUAGGUGUUUGGAAAGUUAAGCUAACAGGAACACUAGUGUCUUUUGUGGGGGGCCUUGAGUUGGAUUGUGAGCGUUAGGGUCCUUCAGAGUGUUCGAAGUCUGCCCUCCGUGUCUGUCAAUGCGUCCAUCCAUCUCUGUUUUUAAGGGUUGUCUUUUUGUCGUGAAGGUUUUGUACAGAAGCAUGUGCCCGAUUUCAGUUGGGCUAGUAUCCAAAACACACAAAAGAGAGAUAUAGAGGGGCAGGAGAGAGGGUUAAAUAUCAAAUGUUUCUUUUGGAUGGCUUGAAAAAUUCUUCCUCUCAGUCCUGUGAAUGUACACUCAUGUGUCCUAAAGAAGGGGCUGGGGAGGGCGGGGGUGGAGGGGGUUCUCCAGGAGCAGAACGGUUGGCACUCGUUGGGCCAUGUCCACUAUCCAAGAGUGCACAGGUGGGCCACUUUUGUGUUCAUCAAGUCAUGGAACACCGUUGGGGCUAGGGGAGGGGAGGGGGGGGGGGGGGUUAGACAUGACAAACAUUUUGUGAUAUCCAGAGAAUAUGUGGUCAUGUUAAUGAUGAUGAUGUUGAUGAUGACAGUGAUGUCGAAAAGUAAUGACGUUGAUAUGAAUGAUGGGAGAAAAAAAAAAUGGAAGAAAAAUAGAAGAAGAAAAAAGUUGUUUCACGUAACAAUGUUUGAGCCAAUUUGUCUCUCAUGCAUUCCUGUCAAAUGACAGAAAAAUACUGAAGAUUACAAAAAUAAAAAGAUUUAAAAAAAACUUUAACAUUUUAAAACUGUUUUAGACGACAAUGUUUUACUGCCACACAUUGGUGAUGGUCAAAUGUUAAAAUAAAGGUGACAUUUUAAAAAGAAAA